AUGUUUAUAUUAGACUGGAGCGUGCAGUUAUGCAUGGAAGUGAUGGCGCCCGUCUUUCGUGCCAUCGUUCAACUGCCCUUGUCAAUUUUCGUAUGGAAUGGGUUCCAGCUUGUGACAUUGCCUAUUAACAUUCCAUUGAAGCUAUUUCUAGGAACAUCCCUGAGCCGUUUAGUUGCACAUACAAGUACAGUGGACUUAUAUGUAGUUUUGACGUUAUUCCAGUACUUAGCCGUGUUGUGUGCUUUUGGUAGCAUCAUUGGGCUCAUCUUCGGAUUCGUGCUGGGUGUGUUUCACUCAAUUUGUGGAGUACCCAGCGUAUACCUUAGUCUAGAAUGGAAGCGGUGGUUUGCACCGGUACGCAUAGCCUUUGAACGUGUCUCCACUGCCGUUGUGAACGUGAUGCGAGGACAAACUAUUGCACCAAUACCGAUGUCUAUGCCCGAGCAGAUGCCCAAGCCUAUGCGUACAUCAAAUUCUAGCAAGGGACAAUCCAAUGAUGAGGUUGGAGUCGACGAUACGACUAUAACUCAUGACAUAAACGGUUAUAUUACUCCUUGCCAAACGCCCACUAACGAAAAAAUUCAGCAUUAUAACAAUGAUUCAUUUAAUACGACUACUACAGAAGAGGAGCCCACUGAUAUUUGGGACAGGUCUGAUACCUACCAAAACUCAUUUGCGACCAAUGACACUUUGAUGUCUCUUUCUAACAGAGCGAAACUUCGAAGAAAUACCAGUGAUGCGGAUAUCGUUAAUAUCAAGAUUUUGAGAAGGAAUUCAAGAUGA